GAAGCCGCCCUCUGGGAUCCGCCGUUCGUCGGCGUUGUCCAGGGGUCCGGCCCCUCCACCCGAGGGCCAUAUGCCGCAGCCAGCCAGCGCCCGCAAGGGCGACCCGGUUGGAACACCUGCGUGCGGACUGGUUCUGAGGGGCUUAGUUGGGGCAAUUGGAUGGUCGUCCGCGUCUCCCUGGUACGCCGGGGAUGCCGCUGCGGCCGGGUGCUUUAUGCAUCCCUUCCUGUUUAA